AUGGUUGAUCCGGCUGGAGAUGGUGUGCCGCUUUUCUAUACAUCCAUCAUACUGUUGGCCCUCGGCUGGUUCGUCUAUGUCCUACGGGUUGGAGUGCGAAUAUGGAGAAAAGCGUUGGGUGUAGAUGACAUGUUGAUGCUGAUGGGCCUGCUGCUCUACUCGGUCACCGCGAGUCUAUGUAUUGUGUGCUGUUUCUUUGGCUCCGGCCAGAAGGCUGCUGCUCUGGCAAAAAGUGAUAUCAAGCAAGGAACCAAGCUCUUUUUCAUUGCUGAGUUCUUCUAUGCUUCCGGCGCUGUGGUCAUCAAGUGCAGCAUCGCCGUUGCUCUUCUUCGUAUUGCCGACUCUCGACGUCGCUUUACGUGGACUAUCUGGGCUACCAUGAUUGCCAGUGUCCUGUCCGCCGUUAUCUUCAUGGUCGGCGUCGCCAAUAUCUGCCACCCGAUCACCACCCUCUGGGGUGAAACCACCAAUGGGACAUGCAACCCCACCCUCGACAGUGAUAUCAGCUUCUUCUUCUCUGCAGUGGAGAUCAUGACGGACUUCACUUUGGCAAUCCUGCCUGCGGUCUUGUUGUGGAAUAUCCAGAUGAAGAACAGGGUCAAGUUCUCCGUGAUUAUCAUUCUUGGAAUGGCCGCCUUUGCAAGCUGUGCAACAAUUGUCCGACUCCGAUAUCUGAGUCUCUACAGCAACCCCGCCGAGUUCAUGUUUGGCACCGGAAAAAUCGGACUCUGGUCCGUCAUUGAAGAAGGCAUUGGUAUCAUCGCCGGCUCACUCCCCGCUCUUCGCCCUCUACUCUCCCUUCCUAUCUUCGGCCGUAGCUCUGCGGGAGGAAGCAACGCCACCCCGUAUGGCAGUAACCUAAAACGAUCCAAGACUGGAAAUCAGACAUUAGGCUCUGGAAUCAAGAUGGACACGUUCCAAAAAUUGGAGUAUAGGGAUGGCGAUGGCGAGAGUCAGAGACAUAUCUUGAAAGAAACAGAGGUCGCGGUCACGUCGAGAGAACGGUCUGCGACGCCAGGCGAAUGGGAAAGGAGUCAAAUUUUGGGCUUCAAGCCUCGGCACAAGGCAACCUGA